UCCUGUGUGGAGACUCUGUGGUUCCGCUGUCGCAAUGGAAUCAAACAAGGACGAAGCGGAACGAUGCAUCGAGAUUUCUCUCUCAGCGCUGAGAGACAGUCAGCCCGACAAAGCCCGGAGGUUCCUGGAGAAAGCGCAGAGGCUGUUUCCCACAGAGAAAGCGAAACGAUUAUUAGAGUCUAUAUCCCAAAAUGGAGAUGCACACGGCAGUGCUAAUGACUGUGGAGACACUGACAGCCCUGGAGUACGACACAGAACCAGCAGUGCUGGAGAUCACACCUCAGGAGCAGACAGUGCCACAGAUGGAGCCAAGUCAUACACACCAGAUCAACUGGAUGCAGUCAAAAGGAUAAAAAAGUGCAAGGACUAUUAUGAAAUCCUUGGAGUCGGGAAAGAUGCCUCAGAAGAUGAUCUGAAAAAAGCAUACCGAAAGCUGGCAUUGAAAUUUCAUCCAGAUAAAAACCAUGCUCCUGGUGCUACAGAGGCAUUUAAAGCCAUAGGAAAUGCAUAUGCUGUUCUUAGUAACACUGAGAAGCGGAAGCAGUACGACCUUUAUGGUGAAGAGAAAGUCCACCCAUCACGUCAUGGCCAUUCUCAUCGUCACUUUGAAGCAGACAUUUCUCCCGAGGAUCUCUUCAACAUGUUUUUUGGUGGUGGAUUUCCAUCUAGUAAUGUCCAUGUAUACAGUAAUGGUCGGAUGAGAUUUGGCCAUAACCACAGACAAGAACGACGAGAACAACAGAGAGAUGGAAGUCUUGCUUUGUUUGUUCAGCUGAUGCCCAUCCUCAUCCUCAUCAUAGUUUCUGCGCUCAGCCAAAUGAUGGUUUCCAGUCCUCCCUACAGUCUUAGCCUCAGGCCAUCUUCAGGACACACAAACAGACGACAGACUACCACUCUGAAGGUGCCUUACUAUGUGGGAGACCAAUUUUCAGAGGAAUAUAGUGGAAUCAAUCUAAAGCAUAUUGAACAGAGUGUGGAGGAGGACUACAUUUCAAAUCUUAGAAACAAUUGUUGGAAAGAAAAACAACAGAAGGAAGGGUUGUUGUAUCGAGCACGUUAUUUUGGAGAUUCAGAGCUGUACCAAAGGGCGCAGAAAAUGGGCACACCAAGUUGUUCAAAGCUUUCAGACAUUCAAGUCCUGCUGCAUGGACACUGAGAGACAAGAGAGUCCAGUGGUGAAUGUUAAUUUUGAAGGUGACCAAGUACAGAAAUAUUCUGCUCUCACCAAGCUUUCACUGAAAGCAAAGUGGGAAUUUGCACCAGGAAAAGCAAAAAUAUCUAUAUCCGUGCGCUUUUGGGGCACAUAUUUGUCUUUCCUCUCCCCUGUGAUGUUUUUAAAUUUGCACAUCACAGAUAUUGCUGAAAUUUCAGAAGUGGGUCUAAAACUAUAAUUUUCUCAUUUGAAAAUGAUUACGGAUCUUGAGGUUAAAACAUACUUUAUAGCUGUAUUCUGAAUGGUAAGCUAUGCUGCUAGCUUAAUGCUUUUCUUUUCGGUAAGUCUGUGCACCCCAAUUCCAUUCUAAGCAAUUUUAGAACCCUAUAUUUGGGUUGUCUGAGCCACUCAAGAUUUUUAGUAUUUUUUUGGACCUGUGUUUUUGACAGCAAGAACUAAAUUUAAGUUGUUGCCAUUCCUUGUUUAAUUGUUCACUGUAGAUUUGCCUGUUGGAUUUUUUUUAUCAAGCAUUUGAAAUUAAUGAAAAGAGAUUUUGAUCUGUAUUUAUUAAAAUGGAAUCAUCCUAGA